AUGGUGUGUGAAGUCAUCAUCCCAUAUGGUAGGCCGUCCACUGGUCCCCACUGCUUGGUUCAGCAUGCUGGCUACCAUGCAUCUGCUGGACGAAGGCUGCUCGUCGCGUCCCUCGGUGUCGGGGAGCCACUCACGGCGCACACGCCGGGUGAGGGGUCUUUAGGACCUUUAGCCUGGUUGGCAUACGCUCCAGUCAGUUGUGAGCUAUGCCGACGGGGGAUCAAUCCCCCGUACCCGCACUCACUUGUAGUGGCGUCCAGAGAACGCCGGGUGGAUGAGGACGCCGAUUCCGCCGAAAUUCUGCCACCCAUGAUGCGUUUUCUCGUGAACCUACUCUUGCCAGCUCCUGCUAAGACAGUGCGCGUUAAGUUCGUGCUGAAGAAGCAGUAUGCGUUCGGCCAGCAGUUCCUCGUCGUCGUCGAGGACCCGGCGCUAGGCCUUUGGGAUCCGGCCAAGGCGACCGCUUUGGAUUGGUCGGAAGGCCACGUCUGGACAGCAAAGACGGUUUUACCUGCAAAUAGGCUGAUCGAGUUCAAGUUCUUGCUGCGAGAUGCCUCGGGGUACGUUCGUUGGCAGCACGGCGCUAACAGAACUCUGCAAAUAACUGAGACCCCAAAUACCUUGGUUGUCCACGAGGAUUGGAAUCACGCCAAGAAUCAGAAACUAUCAGAGGAGGAAGAGCUCUCGAUCAGGGCCGAAGAUGUGCCGUUUUCAGACGAUCUUGCAGGAAGCAAUGGUGCAAUGCUGGCAGGUAAGCUCCAAACGGACGAUAAUCAGGAGACCAAUAUGUCAGCUGCUGUUGCAGAUGCUUCUGUGCACGGGGAGACGAUGGGAGCAAAUGAAGCGAACCAACAUCAGGUAAUCCGUCAUAGCAUUCUUUAUCGGACUGCAAUAAACAGAGAUAAUAGAACUGCCUUUUUAUUUGUUUUGAAUCAGUUAAUCUUCGGAAAAGACCAGAAGAUACUAGACGAGCUCCGCGGAGAAGCAAGCAUGGUACCACAAAAUCGCAACCCUUCUGCUGAUGACAAUGCUGGAAGGAACGACGACGGUACUACCUUGUGUCAGGAAGGUGCAGCUCUACCAGUGAAUAAAUCGAACAGUAUAUUUGAGAAUGACUUGGCUUGGGCCCGGAAAGCCCUGCAGCAGCUACUCCGCAUCCUUGGUUUCCAGAUCGGCACGACAAGAACAUGA